UUCGAACCCUAAUCGAUAGACUCUCAUUCUGAGUCUCUGACUGCCUCCUUCGCGUCCCCGACCUGAGCUCAUUCUCCAACCUGAGCUCGUUCUCUGCGUUCAGCUCUUUCUCUCUCGCUCUUCUCUGAAACCCUAGCGCUCUCCUCCCUCUCCUGCUCUCUUUCCACGGCUACUGUCUCUCCCUCAUUGAACUACUGCCUCGCCUCUGCCGGUGCUUCUCUUCCAACGCCACCACGUCGUUGCUCCGAGAUCUGAACCCCCACUGGUCCAACCUGCCUCCAAGGAGUUUAUCCUCCUCGAUUGGUGCGACUUCGAGCACCAAGUGCCAGCAUGGUUCUAAAGCUCGCCUCUCUCUCUCCCGCAGCCCCGCUCUCCUCUCUCUCUCUCUCUCUCUCUGUGUCUCUCUCCGGCACGGCCGCACGACGCCUUUUCUUUCUUCGACGGUGACGCCGUGAUGGACUGACGGUGUGCGUCUGGGUUUGGCUCGAACUCUACUAGGUGAAGCAGCUUCAAUUUCAGUUUUCGACUCAAUUUCGGAAACUUCAAGCUUGGAAACAGUUGGAGGAAACUUCAUUGGUGUUUUUAAUAUGGGAAGUUUUGCAAUAAUGUACAUGGCUACUUUGACAAGCAUUCCCGGGAUACGAUAAGGCUUUUUGAAAUCUGAAGCUGAAAAGAAGUAUCUUGAGAAAGAGGUUGAGCUUCAGAAAACACUGUCUUGAUCAUUGGGUGCAUAGGCAUUCGUUGGAGCCGUUACUAUUUGCUCCUUGGUUCUGAUACUUGUCUUGAUUAAUUAGCAUCUCUGCCUUUGCAGAAUAACGUUUUGGUUGUUUAUUUCUCUAGUGUUCAGAACUUGUUUUGUUGACAUGCUAGGAGCUAAUGUAGCCUCUCUUUCAGAAUGAGACAACUAGCACAGAGGGAAAGAAGGACACUUAUGAACUGGAGCUAAUGUUGGCAGAAGAGAGAAAGCUAUGGCAGAGAGAAAAGCAUCAGCUUCCACUAAAGAACAUUGAAUUGGAGAAUCAGAUUGAUAUGAAAAAGAAUGAGCUGGAGCACUGCCGCAAGGAGCUACAGCAUAUGCAAAAAGAAGAAGAGAGGUCAACGGGCUGCUGGAGGCGAUAAGAAUGGAAGAGGACUGCGCCAAUUUAGCAUGAAAGUGUGCGAGAAAGUGGAGAGCAAGGGAAGAACCACUUAUAACGAGCAACAAUAUGAUGAGAAGAACAUCAGGCGGAGGGUAUAUGAUGCCCUGAAUGUUCUAAUGGCAAUGGAUAUUAUAUCCAAGGAUAAAAAGGAAAUACAAUGGAAGGGUUUGCCUCGAACCAGCCUGAAUGAUAUUGAAGAACUGAAGACUGAGCGCCUAGGACUAGGGAGUAGGAUUGAAAAGAAAGCUGUCUAUCUGCAAGAACUAGAGGAACAAUAUGUAGGUCUUCAAAACCUGAUACAACGAAAUGAGCAAUUAUACUGCUCUGGAGAUGCUCCCAGUGGGGGUGUGUCUUUACCUUUCAUUCUUGUGCAGGAAAGUAUUUCAAUGGAGCCACCUAUCAGCCUUAAGAAUCUCUCUGCCUGCUCUAGUCUGGCUUCUAAGAGAAAGCACCAACAAAUGGGUGGGUGGUACAGGAUUGAAAAGGCUAUACCCAACAACAACUUGACUGGGUGCGCAUUGAAGUAGCCGACUACUUACAGACUCUGCUGUAGAUCUCUUACCAACUUCUCUAUUUUGAGUUAGGCUAGCUUUUGAUAAACUUUUUUGUAGCAAUUAUGAACAAACAUAAUACUAAUUGCUAUGCUAGCCUUUUAGUAGGUGAAUUGGAUUAUUAUUUUGCCCACUUUGUAAACUGUUACGGAUGAUGAUUUCAUAUAAAAUACUCCAAUAUUCAUAUCA